CCUCUUCAUGGACGAACCAGCGGGGUUGGUGGCCGAGUGAGCAGGAUGGAGAGCAAUGUGGAGGAGCACCUGAAGACUACACUGCACUACGAUGACAAGGAGAAGCUUCGUAAAAAGUUGGUGCUGUUACAAAGGGAGUAUCUCAGAACAGCCCAGAGACUACAGCGCGCAGAGCGUUUGGAAGCAGUGCGUACACAUGUGAGGAGCAGGAUCACACAGCAGAACCAUCAGGACCACAGAGAGAGAGACCCAGAAGUGACAUCUAACCCAACCACUGCCGAUGCCACGACACAAGGUGUUCUUCAGUUCCAGGGACACACUGAAGGUCCAGCAGAUUCUGAUAACUUCAGGAGGAGCCAGGUGAUCAGGUUCCAGCUCCCGUCUGAUGCUGCUUGCCCGCAAACCCCAGAUCCCAGCAAUGACUCAGCAAGAGAACACAGACCCAGUCCCGCUCUGCGCCUCAGGUCUCGGCACAGUCGCUUACGGUGGGAAAGGAGGAGUGCUGAGGCUGUCAGGAUCACGGACAACAGUGAAGAAGGACAGGAGCGGAGUGAACGGAUGGAGGGUGCUAGAAAAGAGGAAGAGGAGGAGAAAUUCAAGUCUGCAGGAACAGAAGUUGUGAAUGAAAGUGAAGAGUUAUUUUCUGCUUCAGAUUCUGAGUCUCCGUCUCUGCUGCUGGAACACUGGAACACAUAUGCGCGCACUGAAACUGGAGAUACAGAGGGAAAGGAGAUGCAAGGGUAUCAAGAACAAAGGGAAAAAGAGAGCAAGUUGAGGACUGAAGGGAAAAAAGAAUCGUCAACCUCCUCGCUGCUCAGAUUUCAGAACUCUGCUACACACCCUGAAGAAAAGGGACAAGAUUGCACAUUGAAUGGAAGAAGACAAGAGACCGAGGGAGGAGACAAUGGUGAGAAUAGUAAAGAACAGAAAGAAAUAACAUUUUGUGAAGAGAACAGAAAUAAAGACAUGGAACAAAAUGCAGCAGAGACAAAAGAAAAUGAAAAAAGGCACAAUGUCACCUCGGAAACAAAAGAAGAAAAGGGUGGGAUUGAAGGAGAUGGAAAGAGUGUUGGACUCCUGGAUUCCUGUACCCUAGUGGACGGACUACUUUUCCCAGCGGAGUACUACGUCCGAACCACUAGGCGUAUGACAUUUUCACAGAGUCAACCUGACGUGCAGGCCGUCAUACUCUCCCAGCUGAGUGUGGGACGACAUCGCAGGAGCCGGGGCCGUGGCAGAGGAUUGAACAGACACACACACACCGAUGAAAGUUCGGAUCAACACAGUCAGACAGACUUCUCCUCUCUGACAGCUGCAUCUGUAGAUCCUCAUAAAUCACCUCAGGUGCACACUGUCGAUUCACCUGCUGAGCCUAUGGGCAACAGUCAGAGCUUCAGCGAGAUUUCAGAUCAAAUCUCUGUGAGUGAGACCAAUGUGGACGCUUUUUCUUCCCCUGCAGUCAGCACUACUCGUCCAGGAAGAGGCAGGAGGAGAAAAAGGGGCAGGGGCAGAGGAAGAACUGAGAGCCCACGAUCCACUCUUAAUUUAGACACCCACCAAACAGUCUAUGAACAAACCUCAGAGCAUCCCCAGCCCACCAACAGCGUGGUUUCUUCUUCCCCAUCUCCCCAUGGAGCUGAUGCAUCAAAGCCUUGUCUCACUGCUGGGGAACCUGUUCCUCUGCCAGAUGACCCCCAGCCCGUGUCCACCCACAGCCCAGCUACCCAGCCUUCCUCUGGGGUUAAUGGAGCUCAGGACAGCCCUGCCUCUGGACAUGUGGGGAAGGUCUAUCCCAUCUUUCUGAAGAGCAGAAGUACACCGAGCUGGCGAUCCCUCCUCUUACCUUCCUCUCCACCUGCUCAUACCGCUCUUCUUCCUCUCCCGUCUCCGUCCCCUGGCUCGCUGGUCAACAACCUGAUGAAUUUUGAAAUCUACCAAGAUUUCCAUCUCCCCGAUGACCAGUUUGCCUCCCUGAAGCUACACAAACUUCGACAGGUUGCUCUGGAAUCAGGAGUUGAACAUUUCACGUCCCCCUCUCAUAAUACUCGUAGCAGCAACCGCUACUUGCACCCUCGCGGCAGCUCCAGUGACCCAGUGAUGCCACUUCCUCUCCCACUCAGCCUCACGCCCACGAUUGCAAAUUCACAGCAGCUAACCACAGAAACACAGGCUGCUACACACUCUGUAGACGUCCAAAACUUGUUGAUAGACCACAAGCUUGUAAGCCAGUCCUCAUCUGAACAGCCAUCCAUCCGAGAUAUUACAGAACCGGCUGGAGAGCAGCAGACUGAAAACCUCCAUGCAGAGACUCACACCAGCUCAACAGAAUCUGUAUCAGUGGCUCAAGAGCCUGCUGCUGACUGUGUAGAUCAAACCAAAGAGCAAAAUACUGUGACUGUGAAUACUCACAGCCAGAGUAGUGUCUCAGAUAGCAACACACGCAGUUCUGUAGGCGACCCUGUCAAACCUCAGCCUCAUGUGAACUUUGCAGACACACCUGCAGGCAGUUUGACAGAUGAGCUUAACAUAAAACAGCCUGCAUCAGGAAAACACACUGAUUGUGCCAGUGAAGUCUAUACUUUGGAGCAUCAGAGGUCUACAGACCACCGAAGAGAAGAUAAAGCUGUCAUCAAAACUCUUUCCUUUGAUUGCCCUCAACAGGAAACACCUGAGGAGCCUUCCAACAGCUGCACCACUGUACAGACAUGUAAUGACAGUGAGUCUCCUGUGAAGCAUCUGAGUGCUAAAUACCCUGCCAAAGAUUUAAAGGAGUCCUCUGAACCCGCCACACGUCCCCCCAGAGACACGUUAAUGGAAAAUAAAAAAAAGAGCAAGUGUUCACCGCACCAUAGCGUCCACUCUCAGCUCCUGUUGAGCCCUCCUCUGGCCUCAUCACCCGCCCCUUUCAUAACGCCACACCUGUCCUCCUCAGCUCUCUCGUCCAGCCACACGCUACCCUCCCUAGGACUCACCCCAGGCCCUGUUGCCGUUGACCUCCCCCUGACCUUGUCUCCCUCUGCCCCAGCUCUCACCCUGCCUUCUCCUCACAAACCAUCAACACAGGCCCUCUCUCCUCCGGCUCUCUCUCCUUGCCCAUCCGUCACUUCCCUCCCUCUGAGCCAGCCUCUAGUCUCCCCCUCCAGUCACAACCAGGCUUCAUCAGAACUGUCACAUACAACUGAUCAGUGUCAAGAUGCUUGUCCAGCUGCAUCCAGCGUCCAGUCGCAGGGCACCGGUAGGCAAGUGGGCCCAGGAACAGAGGAGACUGCAGAGCAACAUAUGAUGAAAUCCACACACACGUUGGAGGCCCCGGCAGGAGGCUGUCUGGUGGACACCUGCUGUCUGCUGGGACCCUCGGGUUCUUUGUGUGUAGCAGCAGCAGGAAAAUGGGCGGUGUGUCUGUGGAUUCAGACUCCUGCAUCUGAUUGGAGCUUGACACACACCUGGACCUUCAAUGACCCAGUGAUCAAUGUGUUUCCUGUCCCGGAUGCUGCUGGGAUAAUGUUUGUGACUCUGGGUCAGCUGGAAAUCAAAGAAGUGAGGAUGCUGUCGUGCUCCAGCCUCAUGCAGGUGUUGCUAUGUGAGGGAAUUGUCCAGGCUGUCGUAGGUGUGUCCAAGUCCAGAGUGGUUAUCUCCUCCCACACAGCAACAGGUUCCACCCUGCAGGUGUUUGACGUGUCAGACAACAACAGACCGCCAAGCUCUCGGCCUCUUGUGUCUCCUGGUGUUUGUAUCGGGUCCCUGGCUCCAGUAGAGGGACUUUCUGAUGCUCUGAUUGGCACAGAUGAGGGUGGAUGUGUCUUUGUCUGGAAUUUGAAGACUGGACAGCUGCUGCGUAGAAUCAUCCUCGGAGAUGGUUUAUCACACACGGCCUGCCUCAGAGGAUACUCCUACAGUGGUGUCUUGUUUGUCCUGCUGCAGCAUCAGUUGCUCAGCUCCCUGGAGGAAGAAGAGGCCAAAGCAAAAGAUGAAGUCUUUUCGGAGGAGGAGAAGAAAGAGGAAAGGAAGAAGACCGCAUUGUUCUCUUUGGUCGCUGUUAACCCUCUGACUUGCAAAUCCAUCCUGGCUACUCAGCUGUAUCCGCCCAAAGCCUGGUCUGGCAGACUGUGUGAAGCCGAUGUCAACAGCUCCAGCGUGGUCGGUCUGAGUCAGAGUGGCUGUGUGUGUGUGUGGGAGCUCGGGUGUCCGGGGGCCUCAAGGAUGGUGUGGGCCCCUGAGAGCGAAGGCUGGCAGCUGGCUCGCUGGGGAGGGCGAGACAUGCUGGUGACUGGCCAUCACAACGGAGACGUUACUUUACACUGCUACAGUACGAGUCUGACUUCGCUCUGCCACUAAAGUAUAGACGCUCACAAUUCUUUUAUCAAACAUAAGGGUCUUUCUGUCGCUGUGCGAAUGUUUAAAUAAAGAUUUUAAGAUGGCUUCAGUUUAGAGACACAUUCAGAAUUUUAACAUUUGCUCAUUCUACCUGAUCCUUAAUGCAGAGAGGUUCUGUGGCUUCCCCUGUGAACAUUUCAGUUUGACGAAAUUCAGCUUUCAGUUGCAGGAUUGUCUUUAGGCCACAGUACUGCUAAAAUAUGUGGAUCAAUGUACUGUAAACUAAAUAAAUCCCUUAAGUCAGUGGCCUGCUGGUAAAGCUUUAUUUAGAAAACUUAGCAAGACUGAACAGUUAAAGGUGGAGUGCUGCUAAAAUGUUUGUUUUCCUCCAGCUUUUGGAUAUAGUGUUUUUUAAACACCAGCAUCACACACUGGACAUCGGUUAACUGAACCUCUCUGUGUGACGGAGUGAAUUUUCACUUUUUAGAUCACUGUAAACCCCCCUGAAAGCCAGCUUUGGUGUUUUAUGUCUGUGGCUGUUUGACUGUUCUUUGCUUACUUGACUACAUGUUGUUAUGUUUAAAGAAAAAAAGUGUUGCCAGAGUUUUUUUUAAUGAGUUACAUUAAACUUCUGUG